AUGAAUAUUGUAACUGCAAUGCGAACAUCUGAUCUUAAAUGGAUGGAUUCAUCAUCUACCGGUCAAAGUCAAUCCUCGACCGUACCUUCUUCUACAUCGUCGUCAACACCCUGGCCAACACCUUCUUCUACAGCGUCGUCAACACCCUGGCCAACACCAUCAAGACCUACAACAACAAGAUCAACCGUGACGUUUACAGCAUCAGGAUCUACAACAACAGGAUCAACCUUCACACCAACAUUCUACUCAUCGUCUUCAACUCCUUCCACACCAUCAUUUAAUAAAAUAAAUAUUUUAUUAGCACGAAAUGUUCAGUUACAAGCUACAUCAUCACCAGGUGAUUAUUCCGUAACAAUAACCUGUGAUGAUCCCAGUAUUCUUCCAUAUGUUCGAGCAAAUGUUACUGAAGAUUCUAUGUUGGUUGUUACAGCAACAACAGAUUGUGAUGUAACUAUUGGAGCCUAUACUUAUCAAGCUAUACAUCUCGAUAGUGUAUCACUACUGAGCAUGACAUCUUAUUUAUAUAGGGGAUAUGAAUUAAAACUGCUGAGCAUGGGUAAUUCACAGAUUCAAAUAGCUAAUAUUGGUUACGAUCUAGCAGAAUUCACGCUCGUGGGUAAUAGUACAAUGGAAAUAAGUGGCAAGAUCGGUAAACUAACUAUUAUUAGUCGUGGCAAAGGAUUCAUUGAUGCAACUCGUAUAGAAACAGCAAAUGUCAACGCUACUCUGGCAGGUGUUGGUUCACUUCGAGUAAAAUCAACGGCCAAUAUGAAUUUAAUCGUUGAUGGAACGGGUAAUCUAAUGUGGUGUUCACCGAAAGUUCAAAUGGAUGUGACAUAUGAUUAUAGAAAGAAAAACAUUGUCUACCAGUGUUAA